CGGCGAGAGGUGAAUGAACGCAGCUGGGGGCCUGUUGCACGCACAGCCCCGGCUCUGGGCUGUGUGAUCCGAGGCCGCUCGCUGCUCCUCGCACCCGCUGCCAGACGCGCCUUCUCCAGCCCGGGCGGACCGGCCAGCCGGGGAAACUCCAGCAAGAUGGAGCAGACAUGUGAUGAUAUAGAUGAAAUGUUCAGCAAUUUAUUGGGGGAAAUGGACCUCCUGACGCAGAGUUUAGGAGUAGAAACUGUCCAGCCUCCAUCCCCCAAAGAAUCUAAUAAAGAAUAUAACUUUACAGUUGGCUUUAAAGAUUUAAAUGAAUCAUUAAGUGCACUGGAGGACAAUGACUUGGAUGCUUUAAUGGCUGAUCUGGUAGCAGACCUAAGUGAAGUUGAACAGAAGACAGUACAAGCACAGAAAACUUCUUCUCACUACCCACAAAGUGAAGUCACUCAGCCUUCAACAGGUGUUUGUGCUGCUUCUUCUUAUGGUUCUAAAUCAAAUGUCCCUGUUACCACCACUGGACGUUUUGAGGAUGACUUGCCCCCUCCACCUCCAGAUCCUGCUUUCGACCUCCCACUACCACCGCCUCCUCCUGAACCACUCACUCAGGAAGAACUAGAGACACAAGCAAAAGCCGACAAGAUUAAACUUGCAUUGGAAAAACUGAAGGAAGCGAAGGUUAAAAAGCUUGUCGUCAAGGUGCACAUGAAUGAUAACAGUAGUAAGUCCCUGAUGGUGGAUGAACGACAGGUGGCACGAGAUGUUUUAGACAACCUCUUUGAGAAAACCCACUGUGACUGCAAUGUGGAUUGGUGUCUGUAUGAAAUAUACCCAGAACUACAAAUUGAAAGGUUUUUUGAAGACCAUGAAAAUGUUAUCGAAAUCUUAUCAGACUGGACCCGGGACAGUGAAAAUAAGGUUCUGUUUUUGGAAAAAAAUGAAAAAUAUGCUGUGUUCAAAAAUCCCCAGAAUUUCUACCUGGCAAACAAAGGAAAAAAUGAAGGCAAGGAAAUGAAUGAGAAAAACAAAGAGUUUCUCCUGGAGGAAAGCUUCUGUGGGACGUCUGUCAUUGUGCCAGAACUUGAAGGGGCCCUUUAUUUGAAGGAAGAUGGAAAAAAGUCCUGGAAGAGGCGCUAUUUUCUUCUACGAGCGUCUGGAAUUUAUUACGUCCCCAAGGGAAAGACCAAGACAUCCCGGGAUUUGGCUUGCUUCAUACAGUUCGAGAAUUUGAAUAUUUAUUAUGGUACUCAGUACAAACUGAAAUACAAGGCACCUACGGAUUACUGCUUUGUCUUAAAGCAUCCCCAGAUUCAAAAGGAGUCACAAUAUAUCAAGUAUUUAUGCUGUGAUGACCAGUGGACUCUACAGCAGUGGGUAACAGGAAUCAGAAUUGCCAAGUAUGGCAAGACACUGUAUGAUAACUACAAACGUGCAGUACAGGGGGUCAGUUUGGCCUCUGGAUGGGCAAACCUGACGACUGUGAAACCAGCUGUCACUGCAGGAUCAUCCUUGACAGACAUAACAGGUACUGUUCAAGCAAAUGGACAGAUUCUCCAGAGCAUACCUCCUGCCAGCUUGGAGGCCCAGAAACACACUGAGAUGACAAAGGAUAAGAAACCAAAUGAUGUCAAUGGCUGCCGUUCAGUGCAGCCAACCAGCCAGCCGCAGACAUUACAGAAUAAACGUGCCUCAAUAAAGCCACCACCGCCUCAAAGGCGAUCUUCAGCUGCGAGCUCUACACCUCUUCUACCUGUCCAACCCAAACACGGAAGUGCAGUUUUCACAUCAGAUCCAGUCACUUUUCCACCACCACCACCUGAAAUGGCAGAGGAUUUGCCACCACCACCACCUGACUUCUGUGAAGAUCCUCCAGAUUUUGUGCCCCCUCCGCCACCCACCUGUAGCAGCAGCAGUGAAGACCUGCUGCCACCCCCUCCACCUCCACCUCCUCAGGCCUCUGUCUCCAGUAAGCCACUACCUGUGACAAAGAAAGUUGUGCCACUUCCUCCAAAAAGGCAUGUGAACACUGAACGGACAGAAGAACCAAAGUCAAUGGGGCUGCCUCCAUCUGGAGGUGGAAGUGGACAGCCAGAUCUCAUGUCUGAUCUGAUGAAAGCCCUACAGAAGAAAAGGGGCAACACAUCUUGAAGUUUAUGGGACAGACUGACUUUAAACCACAUCUCUCAUUGUGGGGGUGUCCUGGAAGGGUUGUGCUGGAACAGGAGUCCCUGGAGGAAUUCUGCCUGACCCAGAAUUCCCCCUGGGAGGUCCAGAGAAGUGCAUGCUGGUGGUGAUAGCUCUACCACAACUUGAGAUGGGGUAGUAUGCACUCCCUCUUUACUGAGACAGCACCCCUAGUUGAGGUGAGAGGUUGGGCUCAAACCCCUGUGCCUCACUCCACUAUGGAUGGCUAGGGUUGGUAGCAGCAGUACUAGCCUAGAUUAGUGCCUUCACUUGGUGAGUGAAGGUACAGCCUCUGUGGUGGGAUUAGAGCUGGUAGAAAAAGGCCAAUUAUUUUUCCAGGGAAAUUUUUUCUAUAUUGACCAUUUUUUGUUUUCAAUUUCUGGGUUUUAAUAAAAAAAUAUGGAAAAUUUCAACAAUUUUUUUCACCUAAAGUUUUCAGUUUGGUCAAAAACAUUUUUCAAUUUUAUAAUUUGGACAAAAGUUUUUUUAAUUAAAAAUUUUCAACCAGCUCUGUCUAGGAUGCAAUGUGGAUAAGGCUUUUGGCAGCCCCUCAUUCACACCCUUGCACACCCGUGCCUUGCCAUCAACAAUCUGCCACUUUGACAUUUACUGAAAUGGUUUAAAUUCAAAUGUCCCCAUAUAAAACUAAAAUUACUUUGCUCAGCAAUCACAGCGGUUGUCUAUAAACUUCAUUUAUCUGUUUAAUUUUCGACUAAAUCCUUUUAAGAUAAAUGUCAUUUUUUUCCGUUGGUUAACAAUUUUUGUCUUAACUUGAAAGUCUUUAUGAGAUGAAUAUUUUUAGAUAUAGUUUAUCUUGUACUUGUAUAUGAAUUUGUCUCCUUCUACGCAUGUUCUUAUUUGUGCUUCAUUAUAAUUCUCUCUUGGUCAUUUAAGGUGCAUUCAUUAUUAGUUCCCAAAUAAAAAUCUCUUC